AAUCUUCCAUUCUUCGCAAGGCUUACUGAUACUAUAGAGAAUCGGUAUACUCGAGAUAUAUCAGUCUAUCAGGAACGGUUGACAACCAGUCAGUCUAUCAGGAUCAUCUAGCAAAUGCAUAAUAAACCGUGAAUUAGCAGCAGUAUACACACCACCUCGACUGCAUGGAAACGGAAGCGAGUGCCGAGGCAGAGACACUGCACAAACAGAACACACACUCACCCACACAGCUGGAUUGAAGAUCAGCCUGGACCCAAGUCUCCUUGGAUAGUGGUGGUGGUGGUAAUGGUGGUGGUCGUACCGCUGGCACUGGCAUCCAUCUUCAGCUAUUCUUCAGCAGACUGGUUGGUGAUGUGGUCGAGAAGGGAGGAGAAGACCUUGGGCUGCGACGCUCAAGGUUUGCCCGACCCACUGGAUGGCCGGCGUGAUGGAGGUGACGGCAUCAGUAGUUCAUGCCGGAUGAGGUCGGAAGGGAUGGAGAUUCUCAGAUGAUAACUAAGUAGUUAUAGUCAGUAAGUUAGUAACCUGCCCAAAGCGCGCCCAACUGGCACAUCCUGACAAACAACUACUUCGGGCA